GGCCUGGCCGCGGUGGUUUGAAUCGUACUGCGGGAAGUGCUGUGCGUUCCAUAUGCCGGAAGUGGUCUGCCGGAAGUUGUGCUGGAGAAGUCAGCGCUGGAAACGUUCGGAGACAGGGAGGUCCAUGUUGGGGAGGCUGUGAUAUAAGAGAAAUGGCAUUAAGUCUUCAGAAUUUGUUUUGCUCGGGAUCGGAAGACUUUGAUGAUGAGGAGUUCCUGUCUGCAUUGGAGGGUACAGAACCCAGCUUCUCUCCUAAUUCUCAUACCACACCGGUUCGUCUCAGGCCUAUUCCUGCUAAAGACACACAGGUAAUAAGAAGUUCUUCCAGCUUUGCACAGUCAUUAUUUUCUGGAGACAGUGUGCCCAUGCGAUUGAAUGUAAACCCUGCAGGCACGCCAAGUGUGCCAUUCCUGGACCAGGAUCUGGAUGAUGACGAAUUGCUGUCAGUCUGCAGUGAAAUGGAAGCUGGGGUAUCACAGGAGCAAUAUCAAACCCCAAAUCCAAGACUGUGCUUGAGACCUAUCAAUCAGACAUCUCAGGAUAGUAGUUACACCUUAAAUAGCAGUCCCAGCUUUCAGCUGCGUCCUUCUCGGGCUGGUUUCUGUUCUGAUCCGGAACCCAGGAUGUUUACAAGAGCGCUUCAAGAGACUGGUCCUAUUAAACACCAAUCAUAUGGAUUUACUGCUAACUCUCCCACAGCUUCUAAUUUCCAUGCAAGUGGCAGAGGGAGAGGACAAUGCCAGUCUCUGAGUCCUACUGCCAAAAGGCCCUGCUUGAGGCCUAGCCUGGAAACGCAGCCAAUUACACCUGCAAGAACUGGUCCUCCGCUGCCUCAGUCUACCUAUCCACGUUGCACGACACCAACAGCAGCCACCGGGCAAGCUCAUUCAUGGCAGGGUGGUGCAGGGAGCAACGCUUUACCAAAAACCCCCCAGAUGCCUUCUCGGUCACACCAGUCUUGCACUAUGCAGACCCCAGUGGUGACCACUCAUCUUGUACAGCUGAUGGAAGCUGCCAACAAGACACCACGGGUGCUGGCAUGGGAGUCACCACAGCCUAAAGAGAGGAGGUUUCCUGGGCCAGCCGGCCUUCUGCCACAGCAGGGCAGUGUCAGAAGGCUUGAUGAAAUCCUGAUAUCUACCCCACAUACACCCAGCCAUGGGGCACAAGCCAAGCACCGUAGUAAGGAAAAUGUCCCUUCCCAACAAUCUAUGGCAGAAGAAUUUGUAAGGGGUCCCUGGGCUUCCAUGAAAGCUGAGCUGUCAUUGGAUGAAAAUGACCCAGCCUGCUUCCUGAGAACAUACAGCGUGGUCAUGGUUAUUCGUAAGGCGGCUCUCAAGCAGCUUCCAAAGAAUAAAGUCCCACAGAUGGCCGUAGUUCUUAAGAGUUUAACCCCAGCCAAUGGAGAUGCCAGUGCAGUAUUUCGAGAUGCAACAGGAGAAAUCCAAGGGACGGUCCAUCAUCUGUUAUUGGAGGAGAGGGAGAGUGAGCUGAAGGCCGGUAGUGUCCUCUUGCUGCAGCAGGUUGGGGUGUUCUCGCCAUCUCAUCGCAAUCAUUAUCUCAAUGUGACACCCAGUAACUUGGUGAAGAUCUAUUCACCAGCAGAAGGAAAUGAAAGUUCUAGGGUGUCUAUGGAACUAACGACAGAGCGGGAGGUGGAUGUGAACAGCAAUGACACCCAAUCACACCAUUGUUCUUCCUUCAGCACAACGCAGUGCAGACCUUCAGAGCAAGGACCUUUCCUGUCCUCCUGCACAGUACAGCCUGACAUUAAUUGGCCAGCUGCAUCUCCCUUAAUGACCAGUAGAGCACUUUCCAGGACCCAUCAGCCAUUCCCCAGCAUAACAGAAUCAAAAUCUGCUCAGCCAGAAGUUGUUUCUGCAUCUUACAGCUCAAUGCAACCCAGAGCCCCAGGUCCAGCAGCCAUUCAUCAGUCUUCUCACACAGUACAGACAAAAGCAUCAACUUUCUCCUUCAGCACAGCACAGCCCAGGAGAUCUCCAGCCACAAACAAUGCAGACUGGGACAUGGAUGACUUGGAUUCUUUGUUAUGUGACCUUCCAGAGGACCCCGGGGAAUGACAACAUUUCAGGUUUUCCAAUGAAGACUCAAUAUCCCAAUAGUGCACAUUUAUAUCUACAGCUAGAGAGGAGGGAUGCUUUAUGUCACCAAAAAUGAAACAAAUGACUGUGAUUGUCCCUUUGUGUAAUAGCGGGUAUCUGUAGGUGUCUACAUGGCAGUCAUGAUGAUGAGUGGAUUGGCCCUAAAUAACUAAGGGGGGUGGCAUGCUAACUGUGAUUAGCCUUCCAGUCUCCAGCCCUGGUCUGCCCGCCUCUCACCUAAUCUGUUUUGCUAUUUGCUCAUCGCUGUGAUGGGCAGUCUCACCGGCCAAUCAGGGCUGUCUUAAUAGUAUCAUGGGCCCCAGGGCAAAGUAAUGCUCUGGGGCCCCCUACCAGCUUGUCCCAAUUUACACACCAAAGUAUAAAUAGUUAAUAGAAUUACGCAUACAUUUAUUAGUACUUUCAAUAAAAUAGAUUUUAAACAAUAAAAAAAAUAUGCCAUAAAUCAAAGAUAAGACAACACAAGGAACACAGUAUGGGGGGGGGGCAGGAGGGUACAGUACAGGUUCUGGGACACAGCUAUGCCGGGACAGCUUAGUAAAAAGUGUGACUGUCCCAGCAAAUCCAAGACAGUUGGCAAGUAUGAUGUAAUGCAAGAUUAUCAUGGGGGCCCCUGGGCAAUGCCCCGGGGUGCCCAUGCAUUAAGACAGCCCUGCGGCCAAUAGGGGGUUAAGGGUCAUGAGAGGCCCAAAGCCAGCAACAAGGAAGUAAUGUGCUCUUAGCAUGCCACACUGCUCUUGGAAAUGGGGCAAAGACUGAUCUAAAAGACCCCAGGAUCAGCACACGGGUACCUACAGGUGCUUGGUAUUUAACAUAGGUGUCAAUUUAAUAUGAAGUCACUGACCAUAUAGAGGGGAUGGGAUUCCUUUAAAGCCCAACUGAACUUUUUUAGUUUAAAGCGGCUAAAUACAUUCCAGGUGCAUCAAAACAAAAGGGAUGCAAUGUUUUCUGCUGGCCAUACAUUAUACAAUUUAAUUUCCUUUAAAUUUAUCUUCACCUAUGUAGUGCAAAGGCCUGCCGGACUGCAUACAAAGUGAGUUGUUUAAGUUUGACCUCAUAUUAUAUGAUUUUGGUAAAUUUAAAGGAAAACUGUAUGGCCAGUCUUACACUUUGUUUUCUGGUAUGUGUAAAGCUUAUGCAAUUUCAAUUGGGCCUUCAGUCUUCUGUGAAAGGCUUGGCUGUAGGUAGGUCAGGUCCAGGAUUGGAUAUAUCCUCCUAUCUUUUUUGGAAACAUUUUGUCAGCAACAUACAACUCUGAGUUCUACAAGUCGUUGCCGUAUACUUGCGUGGAAGAUAUCCAUCAUGGAGCCGCUAAAUAUGUCAAGAAAAACACGUGCCUUAUAAGUGCAAAACUUUAUCCAAGUAAAGAAAAAAAGAUUGCUUUAGAAUAAUAAAGUAAUCAGAUUUGUUGCAGUUCGAA